CAAUGAUGCCAGGAAUCGAUUGGCCAAUGGAUCGCUAGCUGGUUUUGAGGGAGCCCUGCGGAUGCCAUCGGUGGAAUGGAGCGACGAGCUAGCCCAGCUAGCGGAACUCAACACCAAGAGCUGCAAGUUUAACCACGAUGAGUGUCGCAAUACGGACGAGUAUCGUCAGGCGGGACAGAACCUGGCCAUCGGAUUCUAUCCUGUUGAGGAGAACAUAUUCGACAUUCUGGAAAAAUUGACCACCCUGUGGUUCGACGAGUACAAGGACGCUAGCCAGGCAGUGAUGGACCAAUUUGAAAAUCCCCCCAACGCAACUAUCGGACAUUUUACGCAAAUGAUGAGCGAUAGAACUACAAAAAUCGGCUGCGGCAUUGUGAUAUAUCCCCGGAAGGUGUCUGGAUUUACGUUGAAAGUUGUUCUUUACGCUUGUAACUACUCUAUCACCAAUAUAUUCAGUCAACCAGUGUAUCGAAAAGGAUCGCCGGGGGCUGAAUGUGAGCAUGGUUUGAGUCCUUACUAUAAUGCUAUUUGUAACGUCGAAGAAAACCACUGGAUAAAGUCAAUCCCGUCAUAUGAUUUUUCUCAGAAAUAAAAUCAUCAUCCACCUAAAGGAUAGUAUUUUAU